AUGGAAUGUGUUCUGCUAUUUCUGAUCUUUUGGUAUCCAUUUUCCUACAAAUUCGUUCAACUAGGUCGCCUUGAUAACACUAAUAAGCUGCGAGAACAAAGAGCACUUUUGCUUGUAGAUCCAGAGGAAGAAUUCUUUCCAGAGGAAAUAGAAAAGCUCACUCGUGAUGUAUUGCAUAACGGCCUUUCAUUGCUGGUGUUUGCUGAUUGGUAUAACGUCAGUGUAAUGGAAGCGAUUCACUUUUUUGACUCAAAUUCACGGUAA